CCAUGGACAAGCUUGUGAUCUCUCGUUCCAGCAAAGGUCGCCUCUUCUUUCCCUGCAAGUAUGAGUUUUGGCGGGCAACUCCACUGGGGCAGCCCGGUCAACUCGCUUCUCAACAUGGCAGUCCAGCACCACAAGCGGUUAUGUUCGUGGAACCUUCAGACAAACUUCGUAGUUGGCAUGGGCAAGAAUUCCAGGGAACAGACCGGACUUGCUUUUAUGGGCCGCUUGCCCGUUCCCACUUUUCACGAUACACCUCAUUAACGACAUGAGGAAAUAGCUAAAUACUCAUGUAAGAGGUGUAAAACCUCAGGUAGCCCCAGGAUAUGAAGAGACAUGACCUCCCAGGCGUACAUGGACGGGCCCGGUCGACUUUUGCAGGAGCAUCGGCAGGGAGCACAGCUAGGUUCUGGCCAUCGGCGGGGCGUUGUCCAGUGGUAGCGGUGCCUAGCCAGCUGUAUCGCACAGUCGCAUGCUCAUCAGCCAGCAGCUCGGCCGGUGCGAGCGGCGGGCCAGAAGAGGAGCGGCCGCAGGUGGCCCCCGUGCAACAGCCGCCGUCCUCUUCUGUGGCCAGCUGCCCUGUGCCUAGCAGUGAACAGGAGCAACUGCGGCGAGUGCAGCAGGAGGUAGCGCGACUGGAGCAGCAGCGGAAAUUGGCAAUUGCGAAGAAGCGGCUGAGGUGGCGGUCCCGACAUGACCCGCUGUACAAGGCCGCCGCAGCCUACGUCGCCGCAGCAGCCGCAGCAGCCGCAGCAGCUCCGGCAGAGCCUGUGGCGGCUGAAGCGCCGGAGGUGGCAGCGGGGCCUGCGACAACUCCAGUGCUAGAUCCGGCGCCACCGCCUCCACCAGUGCCGCCACCCACGACGCCGCCUCAGGAGCAGUACCAGCAACAGUUGCCACCACCAGGGCCGCCGUCGCCGCCACGUGUGCCGCCGCCGCCGCCAGAUUGGGUGCUGGCGUCACUCCAACGACAACAAGGGGCACCGCACCAGCAGCAGCAGCAGCAGCAGCAGCAGCAGCAGCAGCAGCAGCAGCCCACGCCACGUGCGCCGCCGCCGGAGGCUCAGACGGUGACGGCGGCGUCGUACAUGGGGUGCAGUCGGGCUCUGGCGCUAAGCACUGUGGAGCGGCUGCGCGUGUGCUGGGGGUCCGCCUCCCAGCCAGACCCGCAGCAGGCUGACGUGUUCACGGCGCUGAAGAAGCCGUCGGCCUUCCGGCUGGCGGCGGCACGGCAGCGGGAAGAUGAAUGCGCGGCCGCGCUGCGGGGUAUGGGGCUGAAAGAGAUGACACCCAACUACUGCGCUUCGACUGCGGCCACGGCCACGGCCACGCCGACGGCUGGUGCGGCCGCCGCUACGGGGGGCGGAGGCGGAGCCGCCGCAGCGGGAGCAACAGGACACGAGCGGCCGCAGCAGUUGCUGGCGGCAAGCCCUUCCAUGUCCUUCACAGAAUUCCUCGAGCAAGCCCUCCAGCUACGCCGUGGCGAGAACGCGUUUGCGCGGGAGGUCAAGCUGGUCAGUGCCGUGGGUGGCGACGACGGCGGCAGCAGCAAUGGCAUGAAGCUGUCUGGUGCGAUCGACUUUCUGGUGCUGCUGUGGGAGCCGGAGGACUGCGGCAAUGCCGGGGGCAGCGGCGGUGGCGGCGGCGGCAGCAGUGCCUCACGACAGGAGGUGAUGCUGCGGCCUCGACUGCAUGUCAUCGAGUGCAAGGACACCAGCCGCCAACGGAGUGUGCACGAGGUGCAGGCGCUGUUGUACCGCAUGAUGGUACAGCAGCAGCUGGCCGAGAUGAGGCAGCAGCAGCUGGAGCCGAAAGGUGGCGGCGGCGCUACAGCCGCUACAGCCGCUACAGCCACACCUGUGCCGGGCGACGGCGGCGAUUGGUCGCUGGGGGAGCUCUGGUCUGGCGAGGUGAUGUGUGAGGUGUUGCGGGACACGGAGCAGGGCGUGCCAGAGCCGCCGCUGGUGGCGCCGCCGUUGGACCCACGGAAGGAGGAGGCGGCGGUUCUGGGGCACCUGCGUGGCGAGGUGCAGCGGCUGUGGGAGGAGGGCCGGCGGGCGGUGAAGGCAGGCACAGAGGAGGCCUUUGUGCGGGAGCAGCCUUACAUGUGGAACAGCGGUUGCUCCAGCUGCAGCCACCGGCCCUACUGCGCUGCGGACACGGCAGUGCGCGGCGCGGUGCAGGUGCUGGGGCUGAGCACGGCAGACAACCGGCGGCUGCGGGAGGCGGGGUUGGACACGGUGUGGGACGUGGCGCGAAUGCAACUGGACGGGCCGGCCGCGCGGCAGCUACUGCGCCUCAGCCUGAGCACAGACCUGUCACUCUUACGGGAUUCGGCGAGGGCGUGGGCCGCCACGCUGCUGCCACCCCCGCCGGCAAUGGCCACUUUGGUGGUUAGCGAGCAGCAGCAGGGUGCCGCGCCGGCGGCGGGAGUGCAGCUGCGCUCCGUGCCCGGCGCCAGCACACUGCCACCCUGGCGCGGCGCCGAGGCGACGCCGCUGGUUCGUGUGUUCCUGGUGUUGUCGUACGACGACGUACGGCACACGUACAACAGCCUGGCGGCGCACGUGACGUGCAGCCAACGGGAGCUGUACACGCCCCGGGCUGGCGACUGGUCAAAGGCGCUGCGCUCCGGCCCCCAGGACCGCAGCCUGCUUGUCAUGAACGAGCGGCCCGACACCGCCGCGGCCGCCGACGUGGGCUCGGCAGCGGAGCGGCGGGCGGCGGAGCUGGCCGCAGACCGAGCGCUGGUGGAGCGAUUCCUUUCGGACGUGUUCGCGGCGGUGGAGCAGGUUGCUUCUACACUGCCUGGCGGAGCUGCUGGCAAGGCGGCGAGCGCUGGCGCAAGUCCGCCGCCGCAUCCGCCCCUCAGGGCACGGCUGCACUUUUACUUGGACAACAGCAGUGCCCUGAAGCAACUGGCGGAGUUUUCCCGCUGGAGCAGUAGCCUUGGAGGCGGCGGUGUGGGCAGUAACACUGACGGUGGCGGCGGUGGUGCGGACACCGGCAGCACGCUGGAUGCCUUCCUGACGCUUCUGGGCCGCCGCGCGGGUCCGGAGGGCGAGCAGCCCAUGGUGUCCUACCUGCAGGAGGAGUGGGGCCGGCAGAUGGUGGCGGGGGUGGCCGGCAGCAACCGCUGGCAGCUCACGGCGCAGAGGUGGGAGACGGAGGCAUGGAAGCAGAAGAAGGGCAUGAGCACCACUCCCUUCCACCCGCUCAACCUGCACGUGCCUGGAAUGCAUCGGACUCUGCCCCAGUUCUUCGGGCUGGAAAGCUCCCAACGCAUCGCCUACAACCCGGAGUCUCGCCGCCUGCUGCCGCACCUCGAAAGCCCUGAGGAUGACAUGACGCAGCCGGUGGCAGUGUGGCCCUUUGAGCUGAAGCUCCAGGGAAUGGUCUACGCCCCAGACUCCGACCACUUCGCCAACUACCGCGCCGCGAUGGUCCGGCAGCGGCAGCGGCAGUCCGUGGCCGCUGACGUGGAGGGCGGGGCGGCAGACGCGCACACGUCUGAGGCGGACGCACUGGCGCUAGCGCUGCCGCUGCUGCUCGAGCAGGAGCCGUGGCAGCAGCGCUGGAUGUUCGAGCGCCUGAAUCCAGACUGGGACAUGCGGAAGGAGGAGAUCGACUUGCGCGCGGCAUUGCGGCCCUCGCCGCCGCGGACGCUGCCUGACAUGCUGGCGGACUGGGUGGCCAUCGACUUCAGCGCGCGGCUACACGAGCGCCGCAAGGAGCUGAUGCAGGUCCUUCCGCGCGUGCGGCACCAGAGCAGCAAGAGCGUUAUGGUGUCGGGCAUGCGCAAGCUAAUGGAGGAGGACUGGCGAGGCGACCGGUGGCUUGAGCCGCAGGUGUUGCGGCUCCAAGGCAAGGGGCUGUACAUGUGUGAGGUGGAGGAGCUGGCGGAUGGUGGCGGCGGCACCAGUGUGGUUGCGAGUCAGCAACUGGCGUUUGAGUGCGGCGACUUCGUCCGCGUGCACCCGCGGAGCACUGGCGACCAGCACGCAUAUCAAAGCUCCAGGGACAUCCGGAACGGCUUCGAUGCGAUCAUUGAGGCCGUGGAGCCGCCGCCCCGUGUUGAGCCGCCUCCUGGGCAGCAGCGGGCAGCGCCGCGGCGGCGGCGCAUCCUGCUGACGGCCUUCUCAAGGAACAGGCAAUCAAGGCAGUCCGCAUUCAUAUUCCCAAGCAGCCCUGCCAAUUACUACGCCCACGCCACCCUGGACGAGUCUUGGUCCGACUACGUGGGCGCGGCCGUCCACGCGGCUCUCACUGGCCUGGACGCGGCCAAGCGGCACCACAUGGACGAGUUGGUGUUGCAGGGCGCACUGGCGGCCCCGCGGCCCAGCACCGCGGAGGCGGAUGCGGCAGUGCGGCUCCUGCUGGAUGAGCUGCAGCGCACGGAGGCGGGCACCGGCAAGCAGCUGCCAGCAGCUGUGGCUAGUGCUGGUGCUGCAGGCGGAGGCGGUGCCGGGCCCUCGGUUCUGUCGGCGGAGCAGGCGGAGGUGGUGAUGGCGGGUCUGAGCUUAGGGCUGCAGGUGGUGCAAGGCCCGCCCGGCACCGGCAAGACGCAGCUGCUGGCGGCGUCCCUGCUGCUGCGCUGCCACCACCUGAGCUGGGUCGCGUCUGCCGGUCGCAGUGCAGCGCAGGCUUGGGCGACGUACGGGAGCGCGGCACCCGCCGGGCGGCUCGUGGUGUUGGUGGCGCCCACGAACGCGGCCGCGGACGUCGCGGCGGACCGACUGGCGGCACUGGCGCCCUAUGUCAGCCUGGCAGCGGAGCGGGUGCGAGCCCAGCAGCCUCAGCAAGGCGCCCGCAAACCCGCGGCACCUCCACACCCAUCGACCCUGGUGCAAAUCGAGCUGGUGCGCCUGCACUCCUCUUCAUUCUCGCCUGGCGCGCAGCGUCACGCGGCGCGGGAAGCAUCAGCGGUCAUCACGGCUUGCAGUGCGAUGGGCUCUGUCGACGCCGAACAGGCACUAUCGCCGUUGCCGGCGCAACACAUGGCGGACCGAAACUCCAUCACCCGCCUGAAGACCAUGCUGCAGCAGGGCAGUACGGUGGUGGUGGUCGGCACGGUCAACGCCGCGCUCAAGCUGUCAGGACUGACGACCGCUACGCUCUUUCCCGGAGCCCCCAGCCCCCUGGCGCAGCUAGCUCUGGACGAGACGUCCAUGAUGACGUCAGCGCAGGCUCUGGCGCUCAUGGGCGGGCUGUUCCCACACCAGCAGCCGAGGGCAACAGGGUCAGCGUCAGGGGCACCGGCGGCGGGUGGCGGCGGCGGCACCAGCCCGGGUGUGCAGGUGCUGGCUGUGGGCGACCCCAAGCAGCUCAAGCCCAUCACCACGCUCGACGCCCGCACCGAGUUGCGUCCCGAGGUCGCGGCGCAGCCGCACCUGGCCGGCAGCGCCUACGAGCUGCUGGCGACGGUGCCCAGCGGAGUGCGCAGCGCAAUCAGCGAGACCAACCGCUUCGGCCCCGUCACGGCUCUGCUGCUGACGCCCAUGUAUGAGGAGGACGGCAUCCGGCUGCAGGCCUCGCGCCGAGCACUGGCAUUGCAGGAGCAGCAGCGGCAGGCACAGGCACAGGCGGAGGCGGAGGCGGGUGCAGAGGCCCCGGAGCAGCAGCCGCAGCAGGCGAGCAGCCGCGGUGGCAUCAGGAGCAGUGCGGCACUGCGGCGGGCGCCGGGGCUAGCGCUGGAGUCGGCCCGUGAGGUGCUGGCACGCGUGUGGAGCUCUGGCCCUGGGCUGGUGGCGCCUGAUGAGCUGGCGUUGGUGGUGCAUGACGAGGUGGAGAGCGACAAGGCAAAUGAGCUGGAGGCGCAGAUUGUCCGGGAGCUGCUGUGGUCGGCGCCAGCGGGAGCGCUGCUGCCGCCGGGCAGCGUGGGCAUCGCAACGCUACGCAGCGGCCAGAAGCAGCUGCUGCAAGCUGCCGGGGCGCGCGGGGAGCUCGAGCCGCCCGCCAACCGCGGAGCGCUGAGGCCUGAGCAGGACAUCGCCACGGUCCACAGCUACCAGGGCGGCGAGCGGCGUGUGAUGAUCCUCAGCUUUUGCACAUCGGCCCCUGACCAACUGGACGCCAACGACGAGUACUACAUCAACCCCAACCUCUUCACCGUCAUGCUCAGCAGGCACAAGUCGCAGCUGGUGCUGGUGGUGGGUCGCAAGGUGCUCAGCCACCUGCACCCGGACGCACAGGUCAAGGCGCGUCUGGGGCUGCUGCGCCGCGCCCGGGAGCUCGCCAGCAGGCCGCUCGGCGCGUUCGAGAUGGAGGCGGGCGGCGGCGACAGCACGGGCAAGCGGCACCGCGUGGAAGUGUUCGGCGUGUGUCAGGACGCGGUGCGCCGCCUGCAGUAGGGGGUGGCAGUCGUGCAGGCGGGGUGUGCGCUGGAGGGACCCAGCAGGGCUGAGUGUCUGCGCGUAUGCUUGGCCGCUUGGGCCCGGGUAUCUUGGGUAUGCGUGGAAAGCUGUAGCAGAACAAGAGGUGACAGACAUGUGAGGUCGGGGUUCAAAAGUUAAGCGCGAUUUUGCGCUGGGAUGCAGCAACGCGAACGCCUGGACAUGCGUUUGACAAAAGGGAAUCGUGCUCAGGCUGCGGUUGAUGCGUCCUUGCCGCACUGUGGAGAGCGCGGCUUUGUGGCGGCACGAGCGGGUCGUGUGGGUUUGCACAGCACGGUCUGUUUGGCGAGUGUUCAACCCGAGCCCCUGACGCCACACGGGUAUGACGCCGGUCUGGGGAGGGGCAAAAACGUGUCCACACGUGUUUCUCCGCAUUCGCGCAGAUUUAGCCUCCCUCCUUCCGGAAUUAACUUAUAUGAUAUGUAAUGAUGCUAAAGUUUGGCUCCCGUCGCAUUUUGCGCGGGUGGCUGUCACCAUAUUUCGCGAGGCAUGCUUUCGCCAGAGUCGCACUGUAAAGCCCCGGACCC